AUCAUCGCAUAAUAUUGUGGAUAGCAAAAAACUAAAAUCCGAAACACAAAUACCAAAAGGUCGACAAACUACAUUAUCAGUCCUGAUUCGACUUAAUAUUCUAUAUAAAGGCGAUAAACUAAAAGAAAUAAAUAGGGCAGUUAUUGAAUGGAUACUUCUUGAUAAUGAACCAUUGUCGGCAUCAAGGAAAAAGGGAUUUCGCCGAAUGAUGCAAAAAUUGAUCCAAAUUAAUUAUGCCCUACAAAAAAUCUGCUCAUAUACAAAAAAAAUAAGAAAAUUAGUACAUUUUUUCGAUUCACCAAAACAACAAGAAAGAUUAGAAAAAGCUCAAAUGAAAGUAAUAGAAAGGGAUAAUUUACCUUUACCUAGUUUGGUAAAUACUGAAUUUUAUUUUGAGGAGAAAGAAGCUGGUGAAAUUAACGAUGGAGAUACAGAUUCAGAGCUAUCAAAUAUAAAUCCUACUUCUAAACCACUUCAUCCAAAUUUAACUCUAAAUGAAGACGAUUUUGAUAAAGAAUACUGUAGCGAUAGUAGCGAUAGUGAAAGUAAAGAGGUUCAGGUAGUAAAAACUUGCGACAUUCAAUCAAUAAUUGCUCAAAAAUAUUGGGGUGAACCAAAAAACACCGAUCUUUUGGCAACUCUACUAGACCCAAGGCUCAAAAAAAUGCGUGCUUUGUCUAAUUAUUUUAAAAAUGAAGCAAUUAGUGCAUGCUGUGAAAAACUUGAUAAUAUUAUUAUCGAUGUAACACCCAUACAAUCCACUGCUUCUUCUGGUAUAACUUCAGCAAAUCGUUACUUUGCAUCAAUAUUUGAUGAUAAGGAUGAUGAUAAUCUAUUGAACGAUAAUGAAUUAGACAAAUAUUUGGAUACUGAUAAAGUACCUAUUGCCCCACCAGGAGCUCAACCUUUGGUAUAG